AUUCAUCUAAAAAUAGUCUAGUAAAUCAAAAUUGUGGUUCGAAAAAAAAAGCUGCCGAGUGUACGACGCUUACCUGUCCGUCAUCACGUUGCCAAAAACGUCUUUGUAUCGUUUCGGAAGGCGUCGACCAGGUUACGGCCAUCGCUGUUCCUAUAUGUGUCCUGCUUCUGUUGGUUGCUGCCGUCUUCGUCACAAUAAAAUGCGUUCGAUCGCGACAGAGGAAUAACCGAGAUAGUCUUAAAUCAGAAAAUCUCUCGGUACCGAAUAAGUAUUCUUUUAGUCGUCGAGGUGUUCCAGGACCACCAAAAACAAUGCCCAUCUUUCCAAUCAAUGGCAACGUAGAACAAAACGAGUACGACUAUUGCGAAAUAGAUAACCUUCGAGGCGAAGACAAUCCAAUGAAAGUUACGGCUAGAGGUGAAGUCUCGACAGACGGUGAUUACUUGACUCCAAACCCACCUUUGGGCAAACCUAAUUUUCCACCUCCUCAUGUUCCCGAAUCCCCACCUAAACAACUUUACGCGAAAUAACUCUUGCAACACUUAAUAGUUGAAUUAUGUAUUGAUAACAUUUUCUAAUAUUGCUGAAAUGCAAUUGUCUUUGUCAAACGUUACUGUUUAGCCAACUUUUGAAAUUUCACUAAUAUUUUAAUCUUGUCGAUAUUGCUUGCUUAAUUUUGUUUCUUAAAUUAAUUUAUCGACACCGGAAAACCGGUUUCCUUCACCACAUGUUCGGGGUCGCUGUGGAUAUCAGAUAAUAAUAAAAUUUCACGCUAUAAUGUUUGAUUAUUGCUUCGAGGUAUUUUUAAAAAUCUACCUAGAAACAGGCAUAUGCGCAUAUUCCGAAUGAACUUCGUGUUAUAAUCAAAGAUUUGUCGUGUUAAAGAUGUUUGGUGCUCAUCUGCUGGGAUCCAUACAACUCUGCGAAUGCCAUAGGUUCGGCUCCGAUAAACCGAAAUGCUGUUCGAAACAUGGAUAUUGUGGUGAAACAGAUGGACUUAGCAAUACAGCUUGUAAUUCGCAAUAUGGUCGCCGUCAUCCAUCUAAAGGAAAAUUCUGAAAGGUUCAUUUUUUUUAGCGAGUUAUGAUGAUGAAUUUCACCAUAUUUUUCCUGUUUUCUGUUUUCUUUGGCAGCUUCCUUCAAUUUGCCGACUGUCAAUUUCAAACCUGUGGUCCCAAAAAUAAAAUUGGUAAUUGUGCGACGCUUAACUGUUCGUUGAGUUGCCUAAAACGUACCUGUACCCAAGAAAUUAAAAAAGGACACGAUACCGCCACGUUGACUGUGGCUAUCACUGUUCCAAUAAUUGUCUUGCUUCUGUUGGUUGUAACCGUCUUCGUAACUAAAAAAUGGAUUCGGUCAUCACAGAGACGUGACAGAGGUAGUCUUAAAUCAGAGAAUCCCUCUGUAAAUAAUCAAUAUAUUUUCGGUCGCCGACAAUCCCCACAUGUUCCAGGACCACCGAAAACAAUGCCUCCAUUUCCUCCAUUUCAAACGGACGAUGACAACGUAUACGAAGACAUGUACAUGUACGAAUAUUGCGACACAGGGAACCUUCGAGGCAAAGACAAUCCAAUGAAAGUUACUCCUGAAGGUGAAGUCUCGACAGGCGGUGAUUACGAGACUCCAAACCCACCUUUGGGCAAACCUAACUUUCCACCUCCUCAUGUUCCCGAUUCUCCCACCUAAACAACUUCACGCGAAAUAACUCUUGCAACUAAAAAUAGUUGAAUUAUGUGUUGAUAACAUUUUCGAAUGUUGAAAUGCAAUUGUCAUUGUCAAACGUUAUAGUUGUCAAUUCAAAAAGUGGAUCUAGUGUUAAGCAACAUAAAAAUUUCUCAAAUGUUUAAAUAUGUUUGUUAAUGCUUGCUUUUGUUUCUUUAAGUUAUCGAGACCGGAAAACCGGUUUCCUUCACCACAUGUCCGGGUCUGCUUUCGAUUACAGAUAAUAAUAUAACUUCACGCUACAAAUGUUAAUGCUUGGAUUACUGCUUGAGACAUUUCUUUGUUUUUUUUUAAAUUCUACUUUGAACCAGUCGGACAUAUUCUCAAUGAAGUAACAUGUUAUUAUCGGAGAGGUUUGUCGUGUUGACGAUUUUCGGUGCUCAUCUGCUGGGAUCCAUUCCACUCUGCGAAUGCCAAAAGUGUGGCUCAGGUGAACCGAAAUGCCCCAACAACUUAUGCUGUUCGAAAUAUGGAUAUUGUGGUGAAACAGGCGAACAUUGUAUUUCAGGUUGUCAGCCGCAAUACGGCCACUGCCAUCCAUCUAGCGUGAACGCAUCGACUGAAGCUUCUAGUAGAGAUACAGAUCAAGACUGCGGUCCCAAAGUUAAGAGAAGUUGCCCGAACCAAUUGUGCUGUUCAACUUUAGGAUAUUGCGGUGACGAAGAAGGUCAUUGUAUUACAUUUUGUAAUUCGAAUUACGGUCACUGUCAUCCAUUUAGAGUGAACGCAUCCAUUGGAUUUCCUAGUAAAGGUAAUCUCUGUGGUGUGGAAAAUGACAACAGGUACUGCCCGGACAAAUUGUGUUGUUCAAAACACGGGUUUUGCGGAAGCGACAUAGAAAACAACAUAAACUUACAUUGCGACGAUGGCUGUCAACGUUAUUUUGGCCACUGUAAUGAAAUCGCUAAUUGCAGCCUGCCGUCGCCCAAUUACAGCAUCUUUCCGCAGAUACCCAUUAAACAGCGUACGCUGUCGAGUGGGGAAAAAAAUUUCUGGUAUUUAUUUUGCAAACCGGGAUCGAUCCUGAAGACAAUCUCUCAACCUCAACCGAUUACCUGUAAUCAGGACGACGGCACUUGGCCGGAUAAUCUUCUUCCUGAGUGUGAUGAAAACGUCGUUUACAAAUCUAUGGAAACUUUAAGUGAAAUUGUCGAUGGGAACCUUCUCACUUGUCGUCUUUUCCCAAAGGAAGUUGUUCAAAAAAUUCCAAUCGAAAGUACCCACAGUAAGAUACAAGACAUCCGCAUUACAACGCACAAAACUAGUUUAUAUGUGUUUAACGUGUCAGUAGUGGAUAUUGAUAAAACUUGGAAUAAUGAAACGACUCACUGGGAGAAAACGUUCAACGAUACUAUUGAGUAUGGCAAAGCGGUCAUCUUCUUGUCUAAUCUGACGAUCAAUUUGAUCACUGGUUCCAAAAGAUUCAUCCGGCUCAAACCGCUAGUUGAUUUGAGCAUAUGCGAAAUAGAAGUCUCCUCUUUCCCUUCCGGACAGGACGAAGGUUACAUCAAAUGGAUUGCCAUCGCCACGAGCUCAGUCAUUUUCUUCCUUUUAGUGAUCCUGAUUCUUGUCGUUGUAUGCUUCAAAUAUCAUUUUAAGAAUAAAAACUCGGCAUUAGAUAACGAACAUCACUCUAAUUCAAAAAAUGAGUAUUCGCUUACUGAUCACCAAAGAGCUCCCCGUCCGCCAGGUUUAGGAUUCAGCAAUCCAGGACACUCUUCUUUCAAUGGCAGUGAAGAUCAUGCAGAUUACUAUGAAGAGAUCAAUUACCCCUUUGUCUUCCCUCUACCACAAUUGAAUAGUAACAGCGCUAGUGAUUUGCUGGGUCAAGGCGUUUACGAUGAAGCAGUCAGUUUGGGCAAAGUUCUGAACAAACCACGGUUUGCUCCUCCUUCUGUUCCUCAGUUUCCGACUAAUUAUUAAAAGAAAACUUGAUGUUUUAUUUGAUUAAACGUAUAGUUAAUGUCUCAUUCAGGAAAUUGGUACAAACCAGUGUAAUCUCUUGGUUUUAAUCAAAUUACAAGGUUAACGAACAAGAACACAAUUAAUCCUGAAAAUAGUUUUGCGGUAUUUGUUCGUGGUUCAAACGGAAGUGGUUAAAACAUUUAGGAAAGCUUUACUGAAACGACGACGAGUCUACGCCAUACCAUUUUUGUGUGUUUUACUUUAGUGACCGCCUUCAAAGUCCCAUACCAAAAUGCGCCGGAUCAAUUGUUUAUUCAUUUUCUUUAUCGCUGCAAUUUUUUCAACAUCGCAAACAUCCGAAACACAUGGAACAACAAUCGUGAAUCAGCAGAUCAAAUUGCUAAAAGCAAGAACGGUUCGUCUCCGUAAUUUGAAAGAUCGGAUGAGUCAAAGCACUUUUUUUCGUAUCUGGGAAGGAACUUGUCCGUUGGAAUUUGACAGCCAAUUCGAAUGCAAAAUCGUCACGGAACUUCAUGGUUGCAUUUGCUGGAGUUCAAAGAAGGAGAAAGUGAACUGGUUUACAGCUGAUGCCUUUUGCGAUUAUCACGGCAUGCAUUUGAUAUCUUUUCCAUUUGGAAACCCUGCUGAAGAUCAAACAGUUAAAACACUUAUGACUGCUGGCAUUUGGACGUCAGCAAAUGACUUUAUUACUCGGCGGGUCUGGAUUUUCCGUAAUGGAUCCAUUUUGAGCCGAGAAAAAGCCUCUAAGCGAUCGCUUCAAAUUAAUGGACUUGAUGAAUUGACUUUAAGUGGAUUGCCUCCCCUUAACGAAAACACGACCUCUAGUUGGACACAACCCACAACUUGCAUCAGCUCCAGUUUAAACAAUAACACACUCACAUUCUAUCCGGAAUCCUGCUUGGAAAAGAAACAAUUCAUUUGUCAACAAUUCAUAAAUAUUUCAUAAUAAUUUCUUAUUUUCUAAACUUUAACACAUGUAGCGAUGAUGCACACGGAAGUUUAGUGGUUUCUGCAACAAACAAAUAAACCACCGAAUUUGAACGCGGUUAAUUUUGGUGCUUGAAAUUCCUGUAGAUAAUAUUUAUCCGAUAGGUUGCGGUCAAUCUCAAAGUGACAAAGGAUUUCCUAUUUUUAUUUAAAAAGCAUGCCUAAAGUGGAGUAAGUAACUAUAAUUUAUCACUCCGCUGUGUCUAGGGUUUUACCGCUGCCAUGAAAAUCGUAGUGAACUUUGCGCCGGUUUUUGUAUUUUUUAUUCAGUUAACGGUCGUUAACUUGAUCGCUGCACAGAAUACAUUAAAUCCGUUAUUGGAUAUGGACGAUCCACUUGAAGUGAAAAAAGACGUCAUCUUUCAGGAUCGAUUAGUUGAGCGAUUAAGUUCCCUGGUUCAGUCUACAGAACAAAAUAUCUUAACGAUGCUCUCAGAGAUGCAAAAUCCACCAUUUGUCCAACUGCUAAAAGGAAUCUGUCCCAAAAUGCUAAUGCAAGAACCUGCCAAUGAGGGAUUGAAGUUCCGUUGUCAUGCGUCUGGAAUAAACGAAUGCCUUUGUUUCAGCCAUAAAAAGGCGACUUGGUACAAAGCCGAAGCAUUUUGCCGUCAAUUUCGGAUGACUCUGGCAGAUGUACCGACGGACAAAGUAGAAUGGAUUAAACACAAAGUCAACAAUCCAUCGGCCGUCGAUGGAAAAGGCGAAUGGUACUGGACUAGCGCGACGGAUCGUUUCGUCCGCGGUCAGAUGAUUUGGAUGAAUACUGGCCAGCUAUAUCAAAAUCCUAAUAGCAGCAGCGACGCAAGUGAAUUCGAGUCUUGCCUGAAAUUCUCCAGUAAAGGAGAUUUUUUAUCAGAAUCCUGUUUCGAGGAGAACCAUUUUCUUUGUCAAAAGUUUCUUGAUUUUUUCCCGCUUAAUAGCCGCAAUUUAUCAAAGACUUGACUUGAACACUGAUCACCUGUGUUUUAUAAAACAGCAAUUAUUACACGACCAUGCGUUUGUAAUUUGAACGAGUUCUAAUACAAUUUGCAUCGGA